AUGACAGGCGGCAGCCAUAUUGGUGACGGUGGUGAGCGCGGCGCGGAGGCGACUUCACGUGACCGGUGGUGCGACUCCCGGUUGCGUGGUGGCGUGCGGGCAUUGAAUGACGCGCCGGAGGCUGAGAGCCAAUCCGCUCACGAGGUUUCUGUUCCCAUUGUAGCUACGCGGGACGGACCAAUGGGAGAACAGGAAGAACAGAACCAGCAUAUAUAA